CAUCGGCAGCUUCCCACCGUGCCUUGCCACAGCAAAGUACGAACAACAAUAAUAGCAAAAGUAAUCAUUGGGAUGGAAAGUGGCUGGUUUCGGAAAUAAGUCCUCGCAGCGAAAAUUUCCUCUCGUACUGCUGGGUUCACUUUUCCUCGGGCACUGGCGCAUCGAAGGCAUCGCGAAACUUGAGUGGAAGUGAGUGGAAUGAUCUCUGCAUAAACAGUGAAGGAAACGAUGAGCACGGUAUAACUUGUGGUGGCGUAAAAUAUCGCAAUUAUCUAUCGGGGAACGCACAGUGUAAUACGCAACUCACGGGCCACGGAGGAAAGGGCCACCUCUCUGCUCUAACAAAGUGCCACUGUGGAAGCGGACUGCUAUGUAGGACUGUGCGUUAUUUACGUGUCGAAAGUUAUUGUGCUCUUCUUGUGCCAUCCAAGUGGCCCCGUGUGGUGGACUGUGGUGCUGUGUCGUGUGGUUCGGGAGUGAGGGCUACUGCGGUGCUUCUUUGUUGUCUGUAUUAUGUGUGCGGAGCCCCAGAAAGGUGGCGCAAACGGGUAGAGACGGAAGCAUAAAUAACACAUCCAUGAGUGAACGAGAGGCGAACGCAAGCACUGGUGCAAGUGUGUGUGUUGUUUUGCCACUGCUGCUGGUCGAAGGAAGCGAGCGCUCGUUGCUGCUGUCCCCCUGCUGACCAUCAAUCGCUGCCCCCCCCCCCCGCCUGCCUGUCACUUUCUUUUCGUCCGCCUCGUCCCGCCCCCGGAUCGGUUGGUGGAAAAUUCCCUCUGCACGGAGGCACACAAUUCCACCUGCAACCAGUGAACUCUCUUGUUGUUGGAGUGUUGUUGAAAGUAAAAUAGUAAAAAGCGUCACCCAGUCAGCGUUCCUGCCGUUCCGUGUCCGUUGGAGCAACUUUACCCCUGUCCCAUACGAUGGAUUCCUGUGCUGCCGUCGAGAAGGAGGUGGAGAAGGUGAUCAACAAAUUUUCCGCUAUUAACGAUCACUCCCAGCGCAUCAUCGGCGAUGUGAUUUCGCUGAUCGAGAAGCUUCGUUCGUCCAUCGCGGAAGGUAAAGCGGGCGUUCAGCGCUCCUCCCCAUAUUUGCCCUCUCAUCUGGUGCAGAAAUGUAUAAACACUCCAUUCCCUCUCCCCCCACCCCUUCCACUUUUAGGUAACCCCGACAGCAAAGUUACGGCCGGCCAGGUGGACGUGCUGAACGAGGCGCUCAGCAAGACGAAGGACAAGCUGCACCGUCUCACGACCGAGCACCGCGACCUGCACGGUACGGUCAGCAAGGUGGGCAAGGCGAUCGACCGCAACUUUGUCGCCGACUUUACGGCCACCUCGCGCACGGACGUGUUCCAGACGGAGCGCAACGUGAUGCUGCUGAACAAAAUCAUGGCCCAGCACUUCUACCGCCAGGGCAUGGACGACGUGGCGGACGCACUGAUCAAGGAGUCGGGCCUGCCGGCGGAGGACAUCGUGCCGGAACCGUACGCCGAGCUGCACCGCAUCUGGGAGGCGAUUCACACCGGCAAUCUGGCACCCGCCCUCGACUGGGCCGCCCGCUACUCGGCCGAGCUGGAUGCGCGCAACAGCACGCUCGAGUUCAAGCUGCACCGGCUGGCGUUCAUGCAGAUACUGAACGGCGGGGUGCAGGCGCAAACGGAUGCGAUCGCGUACGCCCGCUCCAACUUUGCCAAGUUUGUGCGGCGCUUCGAGAAGGACAUCCAGAUCCUGAUGGGGACGCUGAUCUACCUGCAGAUCGGCAUACACAACUCACCGUACAAGUACCUCACCGCGCCGGAGAUGUGGAUCGAGACGGCGGACGUGUUCCUCAAGGAUGCCUGCCAGCUGCUGGGCAUCAACAAGGAUUCGCCCCUGUCCGUGAUCGUGAACGCGGGCUGUACCGCGCUGCCCGCGCUGCUCAAUCUCAAGCAGGUGAUGAUGUCGCGCCAGGUGACGGGCAUCUGGAACGGUCGCGAUGAGCUGCCUAUCGAAAUUGAGCUAGAGCCGGACAAUCGGUUUCACUCCAUCUUCGCUUGUCCCAUUCUGCGGCAGCAGAGUUCGGAAGACAACCCGCCGAUGAAGCUGCUGUGCGGUCACGUCAUAUCCCGCGAUGCGCUUAACAAACUUAGCAAUGGACCGAUAUUAAAGUGUCCCUACUGCCCCAUGGAGCAGUGCCCAUCGGAUGCCAAGCUGAUCUACUUCUGAGCGCACCCGCUGCUACCCCUCCCACUAGACUCCCCUCCCCAUCCAGCUAGCGCAAUUAGAAUCGAGAUGGUACGCGAUGGAUCGCGUGGUUUAGGAAGUAGCGAAUGGAAAUUGGGAAGAAAAUGUAGCUUUGUAGCUUGUCCAGUGAAGAUGCAUGGAACGGCGGCACCACUAGUGUUUACUGCACACCUCGCUCGAACUGAAGGGGGGGAAUAUUAGGCGACACGGUAUAGGGAGUAUUUGUUGAACGAUGCAAAACACAAUGGUAAAAUUGGACGAAUGCGCCAGAAUAAUUUCGUUAAAGAUGGCACCAAACGCCAAGCUGAUAAAUGGCUCGAAAAAAAGAUGGAUGUGUUCGGAGAGAGGGAGAGAGGGAACAUAAAACUCCCAAACGUUUAGUUGGCGCGCUGUAUGCGCAGUAGGCUAGCGGAAUGUAGCUGUGGAAACGAUAUAGAAAGAAAGCAAAUGAAGAAAACACAAAGGAUUGGCAAACACAUUGGAUAGCAUGCCUGGCAAACUUCUUCCAGUAGUAGGCGCGUUUAUUAUUCGCUGUAUGUUCAUUUAGAUUUGCUGUUGUUUGUGUUUAUACUCAUAUAUUCGCAUAAAAAAACAC